AUGUACUUAGCCGCGGGACUCCUCGCAGCAUGCUACCUUUCAUCAGUUCAUGCCAAACCACUCCCUUCCCCAUCCAAGGUAGUCGACAAACGGGCGGAUCCCCCAGCGCCGUCAGCAUAUCCGCUCGGCGACGCCUGUGGCAAUGAAUGGCAAUACCUCAAUUUCGAUCCAGACGAUAACACAGACAAAGGGCGCCUACGGAAGCUUCACGAUGUAAUCUGCAUAGGAGAACUCCGAGCUCUCUCGUCCUGGGGAGCAAAGGCGGCCAAAGAUGCCAAGACCUCGAUCAACGAGGCCUACGACCUAUACUUUGCCACCGAGAACCCGGACUCUCGAGACGUCGUGUACGAUGUUUUGAUGAAGAUCGCAGGGCAAAGUAGCUCUGAAGGCAGGAUUGGGAAGAUUGUGGGAACAAUGAUCGUCGACAAUCUUGAUUUUGGGGCCGAGACCAAAAACCAAUGCGAUGAAGACGGCAACACAUUAGGUUACACAGUAGAGGACACCCUUGACAAACGUGAAAAGAUCCACUUCUGCCCAGCAGGCUUCGAUCUACCCACCUCCGGCCCCGACAUUACAUGCGGCAAUCUCGAGAAAUACCCCAGUGAGGAAAUGGACACAUUCUCUCGCCUCGCAUUGCACGAGACACUUCACUACAGCACGAUUGGUCCCGAAUCAUCCCUUGGGGAGCAGAUCAUCGACGCCAAGAACCCCGGUGACUUGGAGUACGCCUACUUCCCUGAGCGCACUCAUGGUCUGGUAGAUGACGAUCAAGAUGACAGCCCGGAUUUGGCUCCUGUGAAUGCGGAUAGUUAUGCUUGGAUGGCUUUGACGGCUUGGGUUGGGUAUAAUUGUUCGCCGGGUGAUGAGAAGGAUUACUAUGAUAGUUAUUUUCCGGAUGAGCCGCCGCACUAUAUGUAG